AUGAAAGAUCGAAAAGGAUUUUUAGGUGGGAUUAGGAAAGCUUGACUGACUGAGAGUUUAGGCAAAGUUGACAAAGGAAUUUUGGGAGUUGUUAUCAUGCUAUUGGUGGUGACAGUUGAAGCAAACAAAUAUAUUGCUACAUAUAAGUUUGCAGGACUUGGCUCGUUGCCAUCAAGCUUUAGUGACAUUGAUAGCAACCCAAGUGCUCCAGAUCUGAUUGUACCAGCUGUAGCUUCUUCUCAGCCUCUGAUCACCCAAUGUGGAUUAGUGUUUUCUUCAACUAGACAUUUGGACUUCUCUAAAAAUUUUAAGAAUAAGUCAAGAAUUACAGGAAGGAUUUGGUUUUAUUUGGUGCAAGGAGUAGUAGACGCUACGUUUGUGGCACUACCGGCUAGGCUAGAGGGAGACUUCAAAUCCCAAAUUAUACUCUACGCAGGGAUUGAAGGAACCGAUUUUAACUACUUCGUAAAAGCAGACAGUAAGAAAAUUAGCAGUGGAUUGUCUAUAACAGCUGGCUGGAACUCACUGGGAUUCGCGGUUGGCUCGAUUAAUUUGUUUGGGUCAGUGUUGGGUGAAUCGGGGGAAGUGUAUGGGAAGGAGAGUCAUGGUAGUGGAGGACAGUCAGGGACUCUUGAUGGAUACAUUGGGUGAAAAUAUUGAGCAGAUCAUGAGGUUGAGUUUAUUAUCCAUAGUAUGAGAUUGUAUAAGGGACACUCAAAUGCAUAUCAAAAGCCGAAUUUGAAUGGAGCAGUCGUCAAUAGCUAUCUCGAUUUAGGAAACGGAGUCUUAGAUGUAGGAGAGGAAUGUGAUGAUGGAAACCUUGCAGAGAAUGAUGGAUGUGACAGAAACGGUCAGAUUGAUGAAGGAUAUGUUUGAAUUAACAAGCUGCCAACUUCUACAAGUUUAUGCCAGAUAUGCAAAGGAGUUGGCCAUUGUUUGGAGUGAAGCAAGACUCAGAUUGGAGUUUGUACUAAGUGUGAGGAUGAAUAUGAUUUGGUGGAUAGUUCUUGAGUUAUUACUCCUCAACAAGAACAACAAGCAAACACAACAAAUACAACAAGUAGUCAAAUUGUAAUGUCUGAGUCUGCACAACAAAUGAGUUCUGGUUCCAAAGCUGCAUCAGGACUUAGUUUGAUUGCAAUCAUUGCCAUAUCAAUUCUGAACUUCACUUCAAUCGCAGCCAUUUGGUCAAUAGUGAGCCAAUUCCAGAUAUUGAUGUUGCUGCUUCUGACAAAGACACCGUUUCCUGAUGACAUCAAAGGAAUCAUCCUUGGAAACAAAGCGCUGAGCUUUGACUUUUCGAUUAUCCCAGUGCAAGAGAUCCCGAAGUUCAAUUGCAUAACAUCGUGGAUAGACAUAGAUCAGAAGAAUGUGUAUUUGGAGACUAUUGGCUUCGGUUCAGCAUCUAGCCUUGUAAAUAACUUUUCUUUUGGAUCUUGAUUCAUUCUGAUGCUUCUUCUUUAUCCUUUGGUUUACCUGCUCAAGUGUUUUAUUGAUUUCGGGAAAGAAGAAAAGUGAUCCAUUAAUUAUCUGUUAAUGAAGUUGUUUGACUUGUGGAACUUCACUAUCUUUAUCAGGAUCGCUCUCAGUGGGUUUCAGGCCCUCAUGGUCUCCAGCUAUUCUGAAGUGUUAAGCUUUGAUGUCCACACCACUCAGGAUGUGGUGUCUCUGGUCAUUGCAUUUGUGGGGGUUGUAUUCUGAGCAUUCAUACUGCUGGUGUCGAUUUGGUUCUUUGUAGGCACUUUGAAAUCCUAUGACAAAGACAAUCAUUACAAAUGUGGCGAAUUUAUCGAGGGAGUAAAAGCAUCAAAGAUUGCCAGAAUGUAUAAUUCAAUGUCUCUGAUCAGAAGAACCUUGCUCAUAUUAUUUGUUCUGAGUUUUAACCAUGUGAGGUCAUUCUAUUUAUGCUUGGGAUUCGUAGUAAUUCAGAUAUGCUAUCUCUUAUUCAUUGUUAUUGUGAGGCCUUUGGAUAAAGCACAAAAUAAUUUGAUAGAGGCAGUGAAUGAAAUCAUCUUACUAAAUAUGGCAUUAUCAGGAGUAUUCUUUGAUACACCGGAGAAGUGGAAUGACACGGUUAAAACCAUAUUUAUGUAUGUGUUGAUGUCAAACUCGCUCAUCAUAAUGCUCAUAAUGAUAGUUGUCCUAUGUUUAUCUCUUUCCUCAAAGUUCUGAAAGAAGAGCAGUAAGAACUCUAAGACUUUUCCUACUCGUAUUGAAGUUGAAGAAAGAAUGCCUGAAUUUGGGAAUAGAUACAGAUCAGGUGGUAACUCAGUUUCUUUGUCUGGAAUACAGUUCAAGAAAGCAAGAUAACCAGCAUCUUGAUCCCUUAAAUAUAGUUUUUGAAUAUUGGCUUG